AUCAGCCGUCGCGUUAGACCGGGUAUGCAUUACAUAUUGACCAAUUGUAACUGCGUAGAAUGUGGAAAAUGCACAAUAUGAUUUGCAUAUUCUAAUAUAAGUCAAUAGACCUAAUGAAUCCAUGUUAACAGUUAAAUGAAUGAUGCAGAAAGAUUCAUUUUGAAUGGAAUGAAUGAAUGAAUGAAAAUAUUUGAUGCUAAAAAUGUAUGUAGUUUUGGUAAAAAAAAAAAAAAAAAAGUCGGAAUAUUAUUGUGAAAAUAUUUGCUAUGUGUGCAAUUUUGACAUGUUGAGAAAUGGCGAAUGAGUUGAAUAUUUAGAAUUUUUGGUUUGGGGGUUUUUGAAACUUGUUAAAAGCCUCUUUGGGAAUGAAUGGUAUUUUCUUUUGUCCGCAAAAUGUGGCGAAACCGAAAAUGUGCAUAGAUCUCAGUCCUUGCACAUCAUUUGAGCAAUUAUUGUCGAUCAUAUCGAAUGUUUAGAAACAUUUAACGGAAUUCACGUUUCAUCGUUUUAAAGGUGUUGCCGCUUUAAUAUAUUUCUCUGUGAACUCAGACUUCAUUCCCCCUUAAUCCAACUGAUUAGCUAUUUUUAAUUUCCAGCUAACCUUCAAAGCGACCUCAAAUAACUGCCAAAUGGCCAAAUCAGGAGAGAAGCUUUCAGUGAUGAUGGGAAUGGCGGCAUCAGUAAUAUUCCACUGGGGAGGCUCUGAAAAAGUGGGUGGUCCUUAACAGGACCUCACUUGCGCUAACUUGUACCAACGUUUGGCAUACAAUCAUUGGUUGCAUAACGUUUGUUGUUGCCAGCUACGAUGUGUCCUGCCUUCUAAAUGGAUCCAGUGACUCGGUUCUGGUCCAAAAGCCUUUGUAGCCAAAUGGCUAUUGUGUCUUCUGCAUUCCCUGGAAGCAAGCCUCAAUGCAAAAUCCUCAAACAUGCCUGUGAAGAUCCACAUCAACAGUCCCAAUGUCAAGUACACGGACACCCAUAUUGAAGCUCAAUAUUCCUACCACAGCACAGCCGUGCACAAAAGUGGCAAUACGGUGACGGUGACGCCUCGCUCCACCGAGAUGACCAUUCGCACGGAGACUGGCGUGCCCCGCUUGGGGGUCAUGCUGGUGGGCUGGGGUGGCAACAACGGCACCACGGUCACCGCCGCCGUGCUGGCCAAUCAGAUGAAGCUCACCUGGAGCACAAAGACUGGAGUCAAGAAAGCCAAUUACUUUGGAUCCCUGCUGCAGGCUUCGACUGUGUGUCUCGGAUCAGGGCCCGACGGCGAGGUCACCGUGCCCUUCUGUGAUCUGCUACCCAUGGUGCACCCCAAUGACAUCAUCUUUGACGGUUGGGAUAUCUCCUCGCUGGAUCUGGGAAGCGCAAUGGAGCGUGCCCAGGUGCUGGACUGGUCUCUUCAAGAGCAGCUGCGACCAUAUAUGGUCGGCAUGAAACCCAGACCGUCCAUCUACAUCCCAGAAUUCAUCGCCGCCAACCAGGAGAGCCGGGCCGACAACGUACUGGGCGGGAGCAUGGCGGAGCAGGUGGAGCGCAUCCGGGCGGACAUCCGUGACUUCCAACAGGUCAGCGGAGUGGACAAAGUGAUCGUGGUGUGGACCGCCACCACCGAGCGCUUCUGCGACAUCGUGCCGGGCAUAAACGACACGGCGGAAAACCUGCUGGCUGCCAUCCAGGGGGGCUUAGAGGUGUCUCCCUCCACUCUGUUUGCAGUGGCCAGCAUUCUGGAGGGGUGCGCCUACAUCAACGGCGCCCCCCAGAACACGUUUGUGCCGGGGGCCGUGGAGCUGGCCCACCAGAGGGGCGUCUUCAUCGGAGGGGACGACUUCAAGUCUGGACAGACCAAGAUCAAGUCGGUGCUGGUGGACUUCCUGGUCAGCUCAGGCAUCAAGCCCACCGCCAUCGUGAGCUACAACCACCUGGGCAACAACGAUGGCAAGAACCUGUCUGCGCCACAGCAGUUCCGCUCCAAGGAAAUCACCAAGAGCAACGUGGUGGACGACAUGGUGGGCUCCAACUCGGUGCUCUACGAACGCGGGGAGAAGCCUGACCACUGCGUGGUGAUUAAGUACAUUCCGUAUGUGGGCGACAGCAAGCGGGCCAUGGAUGAAUACACAUCUGAGAUCAUGAUGGGCGGCCUCAACACCAUUGUGUUGCACAACACCUGUGAGGACUCUCUUCUGGCCAGCCCCAUUAUUUUGGACUUGGCCAUUCUGACUGAGCUGUGCCAGCGCGUAAGCUUCCGGCCCAAUGGCGAGGACCACUUCCAAUCCUUCCACAGCGUCCUGGCGCUGCUCUCCUUCCUAAUCAAGGCCCCCCUGGUCCCGCCGGGGACCCCCGUCAUCAACGCCUUCUACCGCCAAAGGGCGUCCAUCGAAAACGUCAUGAGGGCAUGUCUGGGCCUGCCCCCUCAGAGUCACAUGCUGCUGGAGGAAAAGCUACAGAGGAAAUUCCUGACCGUACAGCACGUUAAUGGCGACGCGGCCAUCCCUAAGAAGGCGAUCCCAAACCUCAACUACACAGAGGUCACCAACGGCAUCGACAACAACGGCGAAGUGGAGCAGUCCAAGUAGACGACAAAUAUUACACAAAAAUCUUGUUACUGUUGAUUCCGUGUGCGCAUCUUUAAACUGCACACCUUUAAAUGGAAGUUCAUACAUAUUUUUUGUUUACUCACUUUGCACAUUUAAGACCGUCUAACAUGUUCACUUAAUGACAAUUAAAGCUGUUACAGAAGCAGAAA